AUGUCUGCUGAGGUUGAGUCUGCUCCUCGUGGCAGUACUCUUGAGGAAGAUAGUGUUCAAGACCACAUCAGCAAUCCCGCAUCCGACGGCGACGGAGAUUUAUUUGGAGACGACGACGACGAACCGGAGCAGCAGAAUGACCUCCAUAGGAAACUUGACGACUCAGAGCUCGACUCCGGUGAUGAUGAAGGCCGGAAUGAUCGACUCGCCGCGACCGUCGAAGACGAAGAGGGAGACUAUGGUGAAGAAAAACAACUCAAACUUUUGGAUGUGGACAUUGCGCGAGUGAAACCGCCUGAGGGGGACGAAUUGUACCUCCUGAACAUCCCGAAUUUCCUAGGUAUCAAGCACAGAAACUUUGAUCCCUCGAGCUACGAACCGCCUACCAGGCCCCAUGAUGGCCGUGAUCCUACGGUAGACUCUACCGUCAAAUUCUCGCCAUUCUCUACGGCCAACACCUCCAUUUUCUGGCGCCGCGAUCCCAAAAAUCCUGAACUCAUACAAUCAAACACACGCAUAGUUCGCUGGUCGGACGGCAGCUUCACUAUGCAAAUCGCCUCUAAACCCCAAGACCAUUACCGUAUCUCCACUACCGCCAUGCGACAAGGUUGGCCUAAGAAGCUUUCUGGAUCGCAACACCAGGAUUACGAUCCUACAAAAGAAACAAACCACUUUUUGGCCGCACCUCACGCCGCGGCAGGAAUAGAUCUCCAAAUCGUCGCUCCUUUCGACGCGUCUAUGAAGAUCCAGCCUGCAGGCGACCAGGCAGACGAGGCGGAAAUGAAACUGCGACAAACGAUUGCUGCCACGACGCAAAUGCACGAAUCUCCUACCACCUUCAAGUCUGUCAAAGAAGACCCAGAACUUGCAAAGAAGGCUGCCGAAAUGUUCGAAAAGGAGCGGGCUAGGGCGGACCGUCGCAGAGAGGCUGCUCAAGACCGGCAGUUCAUGCGUAGGGACCGGGUGUUGGGGAAAUCUGGACUUGGUCGUUCAAUGGGCGGUACAGGUCUCUCGAUUGCCGGACUGGAAGACGAUGACGGCAUGCCUACUGCAAGAGGAAAGAAGGCGACAACCAAGCGACGCAGGCCGAAUCGUCGCGGGGACAUCUACUCGGACGAUGAAGACGAGGAAACAUUCCGCCGGAGAGGCAGGGAAGACGAAUAUGAUCGUGAAGAUGAUUUCCUUGCUGCAAGCGACGAGGAACCUGAGAUUUAUGAGGAUGAAGCCGACGAGGAAGCUGAAGCCGACGAGGAUCCGGAUGUGGAUGACUUGGAGAUUGAGGGACGUGAGACGGUGAUCGAAAAUCGCACUCGUGGCGGUGCCAGGGAUCGAGACCGGACGCCCAAACGGACAUCGCGAGACGAUGACGAAGACGCUGAGGGUGAAGAGGAUGGUGAGAUUGGAGAGAGCAGACAGGCUGUGGGAAAUCCUGCAGUUCGCAAGAAGCGGAGAGUCAUUGACGACGAUGACGAGGAAGAUGAGGAAUAA